AUGCGCCGCCCGUGGAGGCACCCGGGCCCAGGGGCCGCCGUCGCUGCGCGCCACGGCGCCGCGGACCUCUGCCUCCGCGAGGUCGGGGACCUCCUGCCACGACGCUUCGCCCGCCGCGCGGCCGGUUCCGAGGACCUUGUGAUGCGGCUUCAGAUUCAUCGGAAGCUUGACAGGCACACGGGCUGCGUCAACACAGUGAGCUUCAAUGAGGCCGGUGAUACCCUCAUAUCGGGGUCCGAUGACCAGAGGGUGAUGCUGUGGGACUGGGACACCGGGACCGUCAAAUUAGAGUUUCAUUCAGGACAUGGCGGCAAUGUGUUCCAGGCACGGUUCAUGCCCUGCUCAGAUGAUCAGACAAUUGUCACUUGUGCUGCCGAUGGCGAGGUGAGGCUUGCCAAGAUACAGGAUGGUGGUGACGUCUCCACAACAUUGCUUGGUGAACAUGGGGGAAGGGCUCACAAUUUGGCUAUAGAGCCCGGUAGCCCUUAUAUCUUCUACAGCUGUGGUGAGGAUGGCCUUGUUCAACAAUUUGAUCUCAGAACAAACACGGCCUCAAAACUAUUUCUUUGCAGAAGCUCCUUCAUUAAAUCACUAUCCUCAACUCGUGUCCAACUAAAUGCGAUUACAAUAGAUCCGAGGAACCCAAAUCUUUUUGCUGUUGGAGGAAGCAAUGCAUAUGCUCGUGUAUAUGACAUCCGCAAGUGCAAGUGGGAUGGAUCAUCUGAUUUCGGUCGCACAUCUGACUGCUAUUGCCCACCACAUCUUGUUGAUGAUAAGAGUGUUGGCAUAACAGGGUUAGCGUUCUCUCACCUGAGUGAGUUGCUUGUAUCUUACAAUGAAGAGAAUAUUUAUCUAUUCCCUAAAAAUGGAGGGCUGGGAUCUGACCCCAAAAAAUCUGUUAUGAUUGGAGCAAAUGAAGGGUGCAAAUCAAGAAUGUCAGCAUCUGGACAUGAUGUUUCUCAACCUGCACCUCAGGUAUAUGUCGGUCAUCGCAAUUGUGAAACUGUGAAGCGUGUGUCUUUCAUUGGGCCAAAUGAUGAAUACGUUGCUAGUGGGUCAGACUGUGGACGGAUGUUUAUUUGGAGAAAGAGAGAUGGGAAGUUUUUACGAGCCAUGGAGGGUGAUGAGUGCAUUGUAAAUUGCAUUGAGCCUCAUCCUCAUGCUAUGACAAUUGCGAGCAGUGGAAUUGAUAAUGAUGUAAAAGUUUGGACUCCCUCUGCGAUUGAGCGGGCACCUGUGGUAAAUGUUGAUGAGCUCCAGUCUAGACCUCGCAAGAGAAGAGCCAAGUUCUGGCGCUUUGACUUACCAGAUCUGUUGAUCCAACACAUACUGGCAUCAGAACAUAGGCAACGAUCAGCUGAAGAAGAUUCAUCAGAGGACCAUGAGGACAACACAGGAUUACUUAAUCUAGUGCUACGGGCUGCAGUUGGAGGUGUGUCAUCUGAUGAUGAUGAUGAUGAUGACGACGAUGAUGAAGAGACCUCUGAUGCCUCUGAAUAG